CUAGUAUAGUAUAGUAUAGUAUAGAGAUAAGGCCGCUUCGGCUUUCCUGCUUCUUUACAAAAUCUCACUACUUAGAAUUGUAUUCACAGAUUCUAAAGAAAAACAAACUGCAUUCUAAUUUUUCUUUUCCUUUCCUCAGUUUCAGGUAGGUAAUAGGUAAGAGUAGGACAAAAAAGAGAGAGUUAUCUAUGGCGUCCCAGCUUAUUCGUGAUUGGGUAGGGAUCAACACAUUCGCUACUGCCACCCAGACCAAAUUGCUUGAAUUGUUGGGAAAACUUAAGCAGGAGGAUGUGAGCACAUUGACAAUACUUGUAAUGGGGAAAGGUGGUGUUGGGAAAUCCUCAACCGUAAACUCAAUCAUAGGGGAAAGAGCGGUGACUGUUAGUCCUUUUCAGUCGGAAGGACCAAGGCCUGUUAUGGUGUCGCGUUCAAGGGCUGGAUUUACUUUGAACAUCAUUGACACUCCCGGACUUAUAGAAGGAGGAUAUGUCAAUGACCAGGCACUUGAGAUUAUAAAACGUUUCCUUCUGAACAAGACCAUUGAUAUCCUACUCUAUGUGGACCGCUUGGAUGCGUAUAGGGUUGAUAACUUGGAUAAGCAGAUUGUUAAAGCCAUAACAGAUAGUUUUGGUAAAGGAAUAUGGAAUAGGGCUUUGGUGGUCCUUACACAUGCUCAGCUUUCACCACCUGAUGGGCUACCUUAUGAAGACUUUUACUCCAAAAGGUCUGAGGCUCUUCUAAAAGUUGUUCGUCUGGGUGCUGGGUUAAAAAAACAUGAUAAGCAGGAUUUUGCAAUCCCAGUUGUUUUGGUUGAGAACAGUGGGAGAUGUAAUAAGAAUGAAAGUGAUGAAAAGGUUCUUCCAAACGGGACUGCUUGGAUUCCUCAUUUAGUCAAAACAAUCACAGAAGUUGUGUUGAAUGGAAGCCAGUCUAUUGUUGUUGACAAGAAGCUGAUUGAAGGGCCAAACCCUAAUGAGAGAGGGAAGUUCUUAAUUCCGCUUAUUUUUGCCCUCCAAUAUUUCUUUGUCAUUAAACCAAUCGAACGUGCCAUCAAGAAUGAUAUUGCAAAGGAGAGUAGACCAUCAUGGGAGAUGCGUGAUACGGGAGUGGGCAGUCGCAAGUUCUGAUCUGGCUAUGAACCCCUGCCACCAUGAAAUUUUCUUAUUGUUGUCUAUUUUCCUGUACUGGUUACAUCUCUAUCUCUUAGCCAUUCCUAGUAUAUUCUGCAGUAUUGGUAAUCUGCGGCAUAUGGAUUCCUUAGCGUUUUGAGAGAAUUGGAUUUUGUGUACUCGGAGAUCAUAUGCUCUUUGAAUUAUUUUUUCACUACCUAAUUAAUUUUGCAUCUGUAGAAUUAUUUAUUUCCCUA